UCCAGCCUCUCUCUCAUUGACCGAGUUGAGAUUGGCCAGGAUGGAAGUGACUUACUACCUCUUCUGCUGCUUCCUUAUGAUGCUGAUGUAUUCCGGAAUGGAUGGAGUCCAGACUGGUCAUUUGCUGCUGCUGCCUCAGCCUCUCGGAGCCAUUAAGAACGGCGGAAUUGGCAGGCCUUUGAUGAGAAACGAUCAACCCAAUGGGAUUUAUCUCAAGUCUGAUCAACGUCGGCCACUAGCAACCCUUCGGAAUCGUUAUUAUCCUCUACCGCACCGCCGUCUCCAGCAGUCUCAACAACAACAGCAACAACUCAAACAACAAGGUUUCAUAAUACGAAAUUCCAAUGGACGCCACCCACCUCGUCCGGCUCCCGUUUCCAACAACAAUCAUCUCGGUGCUUUUGCGGGCGGUAAUAAUAAUCCCGGGACAUUCCAUCACGCCAAACGGCAGCAGCAGCAGCAGCAGCCGUUGAAACAACAUCUCAACCAUCAAUUUCAGACCGUUAAUAUGCCCACAAACAUUCCCUAUCCGCACAAUAAACAACCAACCAGCAAUCAUCAGCGACAAAACGGCCAAAUUCAAUUGAUUAGGCAACCAGAUCCUGCGACGAUUCUUCCUGCCGUUAAAUCUCCUCCGGAAGAAUCCGAUCCGUCACAGAUGAUGUCGGAAGAUGGGCCAAAUUUUCUGAGUAUGGAAUUGGACGGGAACGAUUACCUGACGUACUUGUAUCUGGGGAUGAACGAAACGCGACUGGCAGGAGGAGAAGAACAACACCCGACGGCGUCGGCCAGCGCGGGCGACCAGCAAAUGACUCAUCCGGCGUCGAAAGACGAUGACGACAUCAUUAUCGGAUCGCAGACCACGAUCAAUUUCGAUCCGUAUCUUUCGCGAACAAACCAAUCGUUCAGGUCCAAAUCGUCCGGUUACCAACCAUUUCCGCAGGUGAGCGGAGAUCACGACCGCCAGCAAACGAUGACGGCCAACAUCAUCACGUCGCUGGACGAGGAUUGGCUGCCCAUCGCAUCGCCUUGGGACAAAUACGGGAAUAAAUCAGAGCCGGAAUUGCAAUGAUCAGAAUUCCCAGAACGUACAUAUACCUACCGCUGAAUUUGUUCUUUAACAUGCAAUCAUUUUUCGUGCGUGAAUUUAUUUAUUUAUUAGCUCCUCAAUAAUAUAAAACUCGAAUUUCGUCUACUCA